AUGCGCUGCAGUGAUAUCACGUCUCUGCCCCUGACUCUUCCCCGCCUGCCUGCGCUCACCGAACUCAACCUGGACAUGGGAGAAAUCUCAGUGCUGCUCGAAGAAUUGGGGCAGUUGUCAGUGCUUCGGUCACUCGUGCUGGAUAUGAGGAACCUCACAGCCUUACUCGAAUCCAUCGCCCUGAUUACCACUCUUCAAGAGCUUUCGCUUCAUCAUCUUCGGAAUCUGACAUAUCUGCCUCAGGAGUUCGGGCAGCUGGUUUCUUUGGAGAAGCUUUUCAUGAAUGACCUUCAGCUGCUUUCACAUCUGCCCGAGUCAUUUGGGCAGUUGAAAGCUCUCCCGGAGCUGAAAUUUCUGGAGUGUAAUCAGCUGCAGCAGCUCCCAAACUCCUUCUCCCAACUGUCUUCUCUCGAGCACCUGGAAUUCAACAUUUGCCCGCUCCUCACGGGGCUGCCAGUCGACAUGGGAAACGGCAUGCACUCCUUGCGCCGUGUGCUGCUACUAGACUGCCCAGCUAUCACCCGCCUCCCUCCGUCCUUCUCCAGCCUCACGUCUCUCGAAACCCUUAAGAUUUUAAACGUGAAACACUUCAGAGGCCCGCUGCUGGACGGCUUUGGGUGCUUGAAGAGCCUCAAGGAGCAGUCGCUCGACUCCCUGCCAUGCCUGUCCGCCCUUCCCGCUUCCUUCUACGACGCCCAUUCCCUCACCCCCCUGGAAGUCGGCAAUUGCCCUAAUGUGACGGUCCUGCCAGAGGAAAUAGGACGGCUGAGGGCGCUCGAGGAGGUCAGGAUCUUUGCGAUGGACGCUCUGAGAUGCCUCCCUCCGUCGCUUCUUGAGCUGCCUUGUCUGCGAUCGCUGGAUGUGCGGGCGUGCGGUGCGCUGCGUGCAGUGCUGGGGGAUGAGAAGCUGCACAGACUGCGCCAGCUGCCCGAGUCUCUCGGGCAGUUGAAGAAGCUCGAGACACUGGAUAUUAUUGAAUGCUUCGAGCUGACGCAGCUUCCAGAGUCAUUCGUGAAUCUUUGCAAGCUACAAUCCUGCUCUCUUGUCAAGGUUGGGAUUUCAACCAUUCCCGAUGACAUCUGGAAGCUUUCUUCCCUCAAGAAGUUGCUGAUCCUGGGACUGACGCGGGUGCGAAGCUUGCCAGAUUCGUUCACUCAGCUGCCUAAGCUUGAGGACCUGGAGGUGCGCGAAUGCAAGAAGCUGGCUCGACUGCCGCCGUCUCCAGAAAAUGCCGACGAUACUGACUUUGAUGACUACAGGGGAGGCUGGGGGGACACUAGUGAUGAUGAGGAUGAGUACCUACCGGUAGUAGGGUGA